UUUUGAUUCCGUUUCGAGCGUAACUAGGGUACCCACGUGGUCCUAAUUAUCAGCGCGAUUUCGAGCCUUUUCUGUGCCAAUUUACAGUGUUAAUACUUGUUUGUUGUUGUAAGUGUGGUGGUGGUUAGUGACCCUGAUCCCCCAGAUGAUCAACAGAUGUCUUCCUCACCUGAUAUACUUACGGACUCUUCCCAGGAGACGCGAAAGCGCCCUAGGGAUGAUGAACAAAGUUCAACACCAAAAGGUAAGCGUGUUAUUGUCGACCCCGACUUAGCAUCCGCAAGCAUCCAAACCAUAUUCACGCACCCUAGUCUCGACGCCACCAAGGUGUACGACGACUCUGACCCCGGCCCAUUCAUCGUACAUGUCACCCAGGAAAGCUCGUCGGGAAGUACAGCUCCAGCUGCUUCAUCCCCGCUUAGGGCUAUCAAGUUCGGUCAAUUUUUGUACAAAAAUAAAAUUUCCGACAUCACAAGGGAUGGUGUCAAAAUGACAGGCCGCAACAGGGUCACUGUAGAAUUUAGGUCUGCGAGGGCAGCCAAUGAAUUUAUCAAGCAUCCUGCCCUGACUGCAAACAAAUUUAAGGCUGUAAUUCCAACCUACCACAUCACCCGGAUGGGUGUUGCUAGGCGAGUACCAGUUGAUCUCUCCAUGGAUGAGUUUGUAGGUUCCUUGGACCUCCCGGCUGGCUGUGGUAUUGUCCUAAAAGCCCGGAGAAUUAGCCGAAAAGUAGUUAACAAUGGAAAUACUUCCUACGUCCCCACUCAGACCAUUGUCAUCACCUUUAGAGGUCAACUUCUCCCAGAGAAAAUUUUCUCCUACCGCGCAGCGGUAGAAAUUGAAAGGUAUACUUACCCGACAAUUCAGUGCCAUGCUUGCUGCAGGUUUGGCCAUAUGAAGGCUAGUUGCCGGUCCAAGCCUCGCUGCUACAAGUGUGCCCAGCCACACUUGGGUGAGACUUGCGAUGCCGACCCUCCCACUUGCAUCUACUGUUCCGGAAGUCAUGCCUCCACUAGUAAAAAUUGUCCUGAGCAAGCCAGACAGAAAUCCAUUAAAGUCAUUAUGUCGCAGGACAGCAUCUCUUUCGCUGAAGCCGAUGCUCGACUUCCUAAGAGCAGAAAAUCAUUCGCUGAAGUUACUGCUUCACAACCUAUUGGCCCACCUGCAAACAAAUCAUACAAAAAGACUGUAUACACACAGCGUAGGCCUAGGUCUCCCCUCAGUCCUGGUUACGACAGACUUGCCCAUCAGGCACUUAUCUCUUCCCCAUCUUCCUCACUUCCUAAUGGAAGUGCCCUCAACUCUAUCACUUCUAUCACCCCUAAUGACAACUUAUUAGACAAUCUUCUUUCCUUAGUUGUUAGUCUGCUGGCUAAAUUCAGCGACACAAUACCGCCCCACGUUGCCCUAAAACUCAAGGAACUUACAUCCUUCACCCAGAAUGGCUCUGAACCCGAUCCGGGUCCUCCAGUGGAAUGCUCAGAGCCUUAAAAAUAAAUCACAUGAAUUACUCACUCUCAUUGACGAUAUCAAGCCCGUUGUCGUUGCCAUCUCGGAGUCAUGGCUAGCGCCAGGUUCUCGUUUCCGAGUUCCGGGCUACUCGUGUCUGCGGGAUGACAGGGAUGACGGGUUUGCUGGGUGCGCUUUACUUGUGAAGCGUUCCCUUAUCUUCUCCUCUAUCCCUACCCCCCCUCACGGACAGGAAUUUAAUGUUGUGGCUCUUAGGGCUUUAGACAUUACUUUCGUGUCCGUGUAUUUCCCUAAUCCUCAUCCCUCUCUGCUUCCAUCUUUUUAUAACAUCAUUUCUUCCCUCCCCCAACCUCUCCUGAUCAUGGGGGACUUUAACGCCCAUCAUACCUCAUGGGGUUCUUAUCACACUGACGCUUUUGCAAUCGCCCUCUUAGACAUGCUUGAUACCUUAGAUGUUUGUAUUUUAAAUGACGGCUCUCCUACCCGUCGAGUCCUUCCACGUCAGAACCCAAAAAGUGCUGUUGAUCUCACUUUUUCUUCUCCUCUUCUUUCAACAUCAAUAUUCUGGAGGGUCCUUCCAAAUACUUUUGGGAGUGAUCAUUUUCCAAUUUCUAUUACUAUACCUAACAGAACUAGCGUUCCUGCUGAUUCAUGUGCCUUCCCAAGAUACAUGAUAGGUAGGAAUGACUGGUCCACAUUCAUCACCUCUGUUGAAGAUAAACUUAAUCUGAUCCAACCCUGUUCCAGUGACAACUUUCUUGGUAACUAUGAACUAUUCGAAAAAGCUCUCACAUCCUCUGCUAAAAAUAAAAAAUCUCGUAAGGGCCUAAGAGUCUCACCACCUUGGUGGGAUUCUGACUGCACUUCGGCUAUUGAAGAUCGAAAAAACGCAGAGGAUGUUUAUCUAGCUAAUAUGAGCAUGGAAAAUUUCAUAAGUUACAAAAGAAUAGCCGCACGAACCAAACGGCUUCUUAAAAAGAAAAAGAAACAGGGUUGGAUCAGAUUUUGUGAAAAUCUUUCUCCUAGGUCUCCCUCCUCUCUGGUGUGGAGAUACAUUCGGCGAUAUCGCGGUUCCCUUAAUGUCGAAGAUAUCUUAUGCAACGAUCCCUCUCUAUGGCUAGAAGGGUUCAGCGAUAAACUGGCUCCACCUUAUGUCCCACACUCUAGUGCUCUCCGUCCUCCACCAGCUCCCUUACCAUCUUCAGACAGGUUGGAUUCUCCAUUCUCUAUGGAUGAACUUCAAUCUGCUUUAUCUGGCUUAACCGAUUCUUCUCCAGGUAUUGAUGGCAUUCCAUACUCUUUCCUUUCAAAAUCAAGCCUCAAGGUCAAGUGCUUCUACUUGGAGCUGAUAAACUACUUUCUUGAGUAUGGAGUUACUCCAUGCUCUUGGAGUAAGCAAAUAGUCGUUCCCAUAUUGAAGGCCGGAAAAGACCCCCGUGACCCUAACUCCCGACGUCCAAUCGCCCUCUCCUCUGCUUUGUCGAAAAUCUUGGAACACAUGAUUAAAUGCAGGCUGGAAUGGUUAGUUGAAAACAGGGGAAUCCUCGCCAAAACCCAGUUUGGUUUUAGGAAAGGUAUGAGCACCCUAGACAGUCUUGCAAUUCUUACUACAGAUAUUCACAUCGCAUUUAAGAGGAAAGAAUACCUUGUGGGUGUCUUUCUUGACAUAGCGUCUGCCUACGAUAACGUCCUUCUUCCUGUGCUCAGGCAGAAAAUGCGCCAGCUGAGCAUUCCAGUGAAGCUUACCCGUUUGGUUUGCAGCCUAUUCAUGGAGAGAUCUAUCUACAUAAAAUCCCC